GACUGACAGCUCGAUAUGCCAAUCAGAACAGGAGGUGGGUGUUCGCUGGUUUCCAGGAAGCGACUGCUCGAGGAGAGACAAAGACCCAGAGACGGACAGACAGAAAGAACGAGGAGCUCGGCCAAGAGAGUGACUGGGGGAAGCAGUGCUGCGCCUGGCAUUGACCCCAUGGCAGCGAACCAGGAGCCAGGUGUUAUUGUUCAAGACGGUAAACCUGUUGAACAAAACGCAAAUGUUAUCACUGAAGUUGAUUUUCCAACGAAUCUUCAAAGUGUUGAUGUCAUGGAUCCAUCUGUUGAAUACAACAUGAAGCACAAAAAGCGAGGGAUUGCUUUAAUUUUCAACCAUGAGAGGUUUUUUUGGUAUCUGAACUUGCCUAAUAGAGGAGGCACAAAUGCUGAUAAAUUCAAUCUGGAAAGAAGGUUACAAGAGCUGGGUUUUGAUGUGCGUGCUUAUGAUAAUGCCAAAUCAUCAGAGGUGUUGCAGAUAAUUCAUGAAGUGGCUACUUCAAAUCAUUCUGAUGCAGACUGCUUUCUGUGUGUCUUUCUUAGUCAUGGGGAGAACAAUCACAUUUUUGCCUUUGAUGCAAAAAUAAGCCUGCAAGAAAUAACUGAACGUUUUAGGGGAGACAAAUGCCCUUCUCUGGUUGGAAAACCUAAAAUAUUUGUAAUUCAGGCAUGUCGAGGAGACAAACAUGAUGAGCCAGUAAUGCCCAUGGAUGAGGUGGAUGCAAUACAGCCUGUGGUGAAUGAAGUGGUUGUUGAUACAGGAACCAUGCCUACAUUACCUGCUGGUGCAGAUUUCAUUAUGUGCUAUUCAGUAGCUGAAGGUUUCUAUUCUCAUCGAGAAACUAUAAAUGGCUCUUGGUACAUUCAGGAUUUCUGCGAAUUGCUUAAGCACCUCGGCUCACAGAUCGAGUUCACAGAGUUCCUGACACUGGUGAACAGGAAGGUGUCAGAGCGAAGUGUCUUUAAAUGCCUGGAUCGUAAUGCAAUAGGGAAGAAACAAGUGCCCUGCUUUGCCUCAAUGCUUACCAAGAAAUUGUAUUUUAAACCUAAGACUUCAUAGCAGUCUAGAGUUUGUUCUGCUUCGCAGUUUGGUUUAUCUUGGCCAAGCCUUUUUUCUCCCCCCAGUAAAUUGUUAAUCUGUAGUCCAAGAUUUUGAACUGUGAUAGAAUUACUUACUCUGCAAGGACUAUUGGAUGUGCAAUUCUGAACAGUAAAUCUGAUUCCAGUUAAACACAUUUUGGCCGCACAUGUAUGCUCUUUUAUACAAUCAAAAAAAAAACCUAAAUGAUUCACAAAAAAGUUUAACCAAAGAUAGGUCCUUUUCCCUAUCAUGUGAGUAUGUAGUUUAGUUAUAAUGACCAAUUCAGGAAAAAAAAUCAAAACUGAUUCCACCUUUGCCUGACUGAAAAGUUCUAUAAUUUAGCUAAAUCAAUGAAAAGUAAUUUCAAGGCUGUCUUCUGUAUUUUUGAAUUAUUGAAGGGCAACUUUUUAAAAAUUAGCUUUUUAUAUGGCUGUCAUGACUCCAUGUUAAAUGACAUUUUUUUAAAGGCAUGUUCAUUUACAUCUAGUGUAUUCCACUAUUUCCUCUUCUUCCACAAUACUCUGCAGCACCAGCUAUUUCAUAUGGUUGAGUAAGUGGGUAUUCAUUGGUGUGAGCCUACUAGUAACAUAUGCUCUCCAGAAAGUGACUAGGUGCAGUAUUUCUAGCUAACUCUUCUUCACACUUCUUGCCAUGAAAUAUAUCCAUAACUGGAAUGUUUUCAGGAACAAUUUUGUCUCAUGUUUUUAUAGACUAAGAAAAUGACCCACAAUUGAGUGUAGCUGUGAAGUCUGUGUAUGUUUUCCUGUGGGUCAGGUGCAUUGUGAUUGAUUACUUUUUGGUGUCCUACUUGUAUAAUCUUGAAGUAUCUAAAUAAACACAAAAACUUUUAGAUAUUAA